CUGUUGCCUGCGAAACCUUUCUUCUCCCUGCCUGCCGCCAAACCGCGGCGAUAUCUCCAAACAAAGCCUCCGCCAUUUCUAACAACAAAGCUCUUCACUUUCCUCUUCGUUGCCUCCGAAGAACCUCUUCUUCCUCCCUCCCAACAACCCUCAGCAGAUCGCAUUCCCCGAAGCUCCUCCCGGCAAUGUCGCAGGUAGUCGCCACCAGAUCGGUCCACGCCUCGCUGCUCAGCCCCAGCUCCGGAUCCCUGCAUGAGCGGGCCGAUAAGCUCAGGCCCCCGAGCUUCGCUGCCAGGGUGCUCCCCCGCGACGAGAGGUGGACCGAGGGAGCCGCUUUCCGGGCCUCCCGGAUCACCGCGAGGAGGACCCUGCAAGCCGAACCGAAGAUUGUCCCGGUCUCGCCCGAGGAUGUUCCCGAGGGAAUGCAGCAGCUCGGUGAUGCAUCGGUGGCUAUGUGGUCCAAGCCAACAGUUGGACGCAAGACUAAGAUUGUCUGCACGAUUGGUCCUUCCACUAACACAAAGGAAAUGAUAUGGAAGCUAGCCGAAGCCGGCAUGAACGUCGCUCGGAUGAAUAUGUCUCAUGGAGACCAUUCUUCUCACCAGAAAGUCAUUGAUUUGGUCAAAGAAUACAAUGCUCAAUCCAAGGACAAUGUGAUUGCAAUUAUGCUCGAUACAAAGGGUCCUGAGGUUAGGAGUGGAGACUUGCCACAACCAAUUACAUUGGUCCCUGGACAGGAAUUCACUUUCACAAUUCGAAGAGGGGUGGGGACAGCAGAUUGCGUCAGUGUCAACUACGAUGACUUUGUUAAUGAUGUAGAAGUGGGUGACAUGCUUCUUGUUGAUGGUGGUAUGAUGUCGUUUGUGGUGAGGUCAAAGACUGAAGAUUCAGUAAAAUGUGAAGUUGUUGAUGGAGGAGAGCUCAAGUCUAGGAGACAUUUGAAUGUAAGAGGAAAAAGUGCUACUCUACCUUCAAUUACAGAGAAGGACUGGGAUGACAUCAAAUUUGGAGUGGAGAACAAAGUUGAUUUUUACGCUGUUUCCUUUGUUAAAGAUGCUCAAGUAGUUCACGAGUUGAAGAAUUAUCUGCAAAGCUGUGGUGCAGAUAUACAUGUUAUCGUAAAGAUUGAAAGUGCUGACUCCAUACCAAAUUUGCACUCAAUUAUCACAGCAUCUGAUGGGGCAAUGGUUGCCAGAGGAGAUCUUGGUGCUGAGCUUCCCAUUGAAGAGGUUCCCCUUCUGCAGGAAGAGAUAAUCAGGACAUGCCGUAGCAUGGGCAAAGCUGUUAUUGUGGCAACAAACAUGUUGGAGAGCAUGAUUGUCCAUCCUACUCCAACCAGAGCGGAAGUAUCAGACAUCGCUAUAGCUGUACGAGAGGGUGCUGAUGCUGUUAUGCUUUCUGGAGAAACUGCUCAUGGGAAGUUUCCCUUGAAAGCUGUGAAAGUUAUGCACACUGUUUCACUGCGAACUGAAGCAACCAUAGCUCCCGGAGAAAUGCCAUCUAACCUUGGUCAAGCAUUUAAGAACCAUAUGAGUGAGAUGUUCGCAUAUCAUGCCACCAUGAUGUCCAAUACUCUUGGGAUCUCAACGGUUGUCUUCACCAGAACCGGUUUCAUGGGUAUCCUGCUGAGCCAUUAUCGCCCUUCUGGAACCAUAUUUGCCUUCACAAAUGAGAAGAGAAUACAGCAGAGACUGGCCUUGUACCAGGGAGUGUGUCCCAUAUAUAUGGAGUUCUCUGAUGAUGCUGAAGAAACGUUUGUCAGGGCACUGACCUUGCUUCAGAAUCAAGGAAUGGUGAAGGAAGGCGAAGAGGUUGCACUGGUGCAGAGUGGGAGACAGCCCAUUUGGCGUUUCCAGUCCACUCACAACAUUCAGGUGCGCAAUGUGUAGAUUUCAGACGAGAGAACCACGGUCUGCACUCCUCAUUUCCAUUGAUGCAAUAUUCGUAAACGAAUCAGCUGUCUGUCUUCUUUUGCUUUGGCAAGAUUUUUUUUUUUACGCUUAGCUUCCUUGCUGAUGAAGACUUUCUAGUCUCCCUCUCUAAUAGCAGUUUGCUUAGUUGUUUGUUUGCAUCUUUUAUGGUGAUUUAUUCGCACAGCGGACACUAGGGAUCUUGUUAAAGCAUAUUGUCUACAAGCAGGAACUUCAGUAAUCGACAGAUUAUCAUGUUCUUUUUCUCUCUGCUUCAA